AUGCCGAACCACGUCAAAGGCGGCUUUCGUCCUCCUCGCUCAAAGACCCAUCGCGAUGUCGGUCGCACUCCAGAGCGCUUCAACGGCGAGGGAACCUCCAACGCCCCCUUCGAGCUGUCCUCGGACUCUGACAUCGAGGCGAUUGACUCUCCCCCAAGCAAGAAGUGCAAGGCUGUCACUAGCGGCCCUACUGAGAAAGCUGUUUCCCAACUCAACCGCGACGAGCGCCAGCGCCACAACAGCUCCGAGAGCAUCGUCGCCUGGCGCGAGGCCGCCGCUGCCACCCAGGUCGCACUUCCGCGCAGCCGUGAACACACGCCACGCCCCCUUGACAAGGGAAAGCAAAAGGCCUCAACAUCUUCGCCCGUCACGUCAUCGCACCCUUCUCGCCCUUCCAAGCCUCCCAAGUCGCUUUCCCCAACGAUUGGAACCGGACAGCAGCCGGGAUAUCCACCUGCAGCCAUUACCGCCGCUAUGAUUCGCCUCGGAGAGGAGCGCUGCAACAAGCUCGGGGUCGUCGUUCCUUGGGUCGAGGUUGUAGAGGGAGAGAGUGCAGAUGACGUCCACGCCGUGAGCGGCUGGCUCCAGGGAGUGGCCAGUGGCGCCCUUGCUUGCGCCAUCGAUGCUGCGUUCCGCCGGUGA